ACGGCUAGCAGUCACCACCUCCAGCAAGUGCCAGAGCCCGGCUGGCUGCGCGGAGGCUGCAGUAGCGGUGGCAGCAGAGCUGGCCCUGCGGGGCCCCGGGGGGGAGGGGGAGCGGCGAAGCCCCGGCUGAGGCUGCUGCUGCGGGGCCUCCCCUCCCCCCCGGAGGGCGCCAUGCGGGGGGGUCCAGGCGACGCGGAGCGGCGGCAGCGCUGGGGUCGCCUCUUCGAGGAGCUGGACAGUAACAAGGACGGCCGCGUGGACGUGCACGAGUUGCGCCAGGGACUGGCCCGGCUGAGCGGAGGCGACCCGGGCCGCGGCGCCCAACAGGACCUCUCCCCAGAGUCUGGUGCUGAUCCAGAUGGCGGGCUGGACCUGGAAGAGUUUACCCAAUACCUGCAGGAGCGGGAACAGCGCCUGCUGCUUCUGUUCCACAGUCUGGACCAGAAUCAGGAUGGUCACAUCGAUGUCUCUGAGAUCCAGCAGAGUUUCCGAGCUCUGGGCAUUUCUAUCUCCCUGGAACAGGCAGAGAAAAUUCUACACAGCCUCAGGUACUGAUUUUGUCCCACCCCUCAGCAUGGACCGUGACGGCACUAUGACCAUCGACUGGCAGGAAUGGCGUGACCACUUCCUGUUGCAUUCACUGGAGAAUGUGGAAGACGUGCUCUAUUUCUGGAAGCAUUCCACGGUCCUGGACAUUGGCGAGUGCCUGACUGUCCCUGACGAGUUCUCAGAGCAGGAAAAGCUGACUGGCAUGUGGUGGAAGCAGCUGGUGGCUGGUGCAGUGGCAGGUGCUGUGUCGAGGACAGGCACAGCCCCUCUGGACCGCCUCAAGGUCUUCAUGCAGGUCCAUGCCUCCAAGACCAACCGGCUGAACAUCCUGGGGGGCCUACGGAACAUGAUCCAAGAAGGGGGCAUGCGCUCCCUGUGGCGUGGCAACGGGAUCAAUGUACUCAAGAUUGCACCUGAGUCGGCUAUCAAGUUCAUGGCCUAUGAGCAGAUCAAGUGGGCCAUUCGGGGGCAGCAGGAGACACUACAUGUGCAAGAGCGCUUUGUAGCUGGAUCCUUGGCUGGUGCCACAGCCCAAACCAUCAUUUACCCCAUGGAGGUCCUGAAGACGCGGUUGACCCUUCGCCGGACGGGCCAGUACAAAGGGCUGUUGGACUGCGCAUGGCAGAUCAUGGAGCGAGAAGGGCCCCGCGCCUUCUACCGCGGCUACCUGCCCAACGUGCUGGGCAUCAUUCCCUACGCCGGCAUCGACCUGGCCGUCUACGAGACCCUGAAGAACCGGUGGCUCCAGCAGUACAGCCACGACUCGGCUGACCCAGGCAUCCUCGUGCUCCUGGCCUGUGGCACCAUCUCCAGCACCUGUGGCCAGAUAGCCAGUUACCCCCUGGCCCUGGUCCGGACCCGUAUGCAGGCCCAAGCCUCCAUCGAGGGUGCCCCCCAGUUCUCCAUGCUGGGUCUGCUCCGUCACAUCCUGUCCCAGGAGGGCAUACCGGGCCUCUACCGGGGCAUUGCCCCCAACUUCAUGAAGGUUAUCCCAGCUGUGAGCAUCUCCUAUGUGGUCUACGAAAACAUGAAGCAGGCCCUGGGGGUCACAUCCAGGUGAGGGACCCAGAGCUUCCCUCACUAACAUCCCUCCUCAAUCAUGACGUCCCAUACACCUUAGCCACUGGAGACUGAUGGCUCAGCCAGUGGAUCCCAGGUGCCCCCCACUCAAACCACAGGAUCCCCAUACUUCAUCCACUGGGUCCUGCAUCCCACGUUCCAGAUACUGGACCCCAUGUUUCCCUGCCUCCCCUGCCCCAACACACACGCAUGCAUAAGGUCCUGGACCUUCAUGUCUUAGCCAUUGGAUCCCUCACUACUCAGCUAAUGAAUUCUGAAACCCCAACCACAGGAACACAUAUCCCCAUAGCUAAGCACCAGACCCCAGCUCCCUCGGGCACCGCAUCCUGGAGUCCUCAUACAGCAGAACCCAGAUCCCCAACCCCACUAGCAGAUCCUAGACCUCCAUGCUUCAAGCCGUGGAUUUCCAAGCUAUGCCACUGGAUUUGGAAACCCCAGCCACCAGCUCCUGACAGUGCAAUGCCCAGAUCCUGGGACCCGCACCACUGGAUCUCUGAUCCCCUAGAUCCCUCUGCUUCAACUGCCAGAUCCCUACCUUUCAGCCACCAUACCCUCAACCCCCAGCCCACUGAAUUCCAGAUGCCCAAGGCCUGAGACACUCAAUACUGGCUCUGAAAACCACAACUGUAAGAGCCCAGUGGCAGAGCAAGUGGGUCCCAGCAACUGCAGCGGGACUCUAAAACCUCACUCACAGGAAACAGACCCCGACACCUCCAGGCACUGGAUCCCAGCCCCUGAGCCCCUGGAUUUUGACCUGAAUCCUCCCAGACACUGGCUUCCAAAUAUUCAGGUCCCACAUUUAGAUCCCAGUAAGAUGAUCACAGCAUUCUGGACUGCACAGGUCCCCUGUCUCAGACAUACAUGAGAGCCCAGAGACCUCCCCACCACAACCCAAACCUGGGAGCUGGCAGGACCCCCAGGUCCCUGCCUCUUGGCUCCUGGCAUGGCCAGCUUCCCCUCUCAUGCCUUGCACUGACACUGGAUCCCCCCACCUCCUCAGCAUGGCCAUACCUCGGCUCUGUGGGGACACUGCUCUCUCCAACCCUCCCUCGACCUUCUACAGAGUCUUCCACUCCCCACCUUAUAAGCUGAUAACCCCCAGAGCCUGGGUCCCUCUGGAAGAUCCAGCUGCUCUUUCUUGGGGGCUGGCAAUGAGGCAAUCUGAGGUGAGGGCACAUUCAGGGGACCUCCCCUAGCCCCAGCACUAGCAGCCUUUCCUCAGGCUUCAGAGAUGCGAGCCAGGAGCAAGUCUACACAGACCACCCUUCCCCAAACCCAAGCAUCCAGUUAUGCAAAAUGAACCAAAUCCCCAGAACUCAUUCCAGGUCUAUUUUUCUAAGGAGAGGAGCAGACAUUCCGUCACCGCGCCCCACCCCCCACCUUUAUGACUAACCCAAGCCCCAACACCCCUAUACACUCUGCACUUUAGAGUUGGAUUCUGAGCUUAGGAAACUGAGGGACUCCUCCCUCUACUCCUCCCAACUCCUUGGAGAACCCCGUUAAAGGACUACAGAAGAGGAGCUGCGAUGUCUGGGGGGGUAGAGGACCUCCUCAAGGCUUCAGCCUCUCCCCAUCUCCCUGCCUGUGUGUGUUAUGUCAAAGAAGAAGAACAAAAGGAAUACAUUUUUCUAAGCUCUUC